UGGAAGCCGAAGCUGCACGUCAAGCGCCCGUCUGACGAGUCCGGGCAGGACCGGAAAGGGGUUAAGGCGAGCAGGUGGGCGGGGCGCGUGCGGUGACUGACAGGGGUGGGACCAGGCUCGUCACCCGCCCUCUCCCUCCGCCCCGGCUGCUCCAACCCCUGGGCGGGCGGGGGUACCGCCUGGGCAAGGGCCGGGGCGCUGGGCCGAGUCGCCUCUUCCCCUCCCCCGCUCCCCUGCCGCGUUCCGCCGGCUGGUCGCGCUGGAGAAGUUGAGCAGCGCGGGGGCCGGCCCUGGGGGCUGACAGUCGGCAAAGUUUGGCCCGAAGAGGAAGUGGCCUCCAGCCCCGGCAGGUGGCGGCCAGGCCGGGACAGGGGCGCUUGCGGCCUGCGGGCUGGCUGUAGGCGAGGGUGCCCCCAGCACCCGGCCCCGAGCCGAGUCCCGGGGCUUCGGGAGCCGAGCCCGGGAGGGAGCGCGGCGGCGGCGGGAGAAAACAACUCUGAAGUUGGCGAGAGGCACCGCCCCUACUCCCGGGCCGCCGCCGCCUCCCAGCCCCCAGCCCUGGCAUCCGGAGCACGGGUCGAGCUCGGGCCAUGCAGCCCCCUAGGGGAGGCGGCACCGGGGAGCCUGGAUGCCCGCAGCGCCGCUGCCUCCCCACUGGGUAGACGACCGAGGCUCCGGGACUCUUCCUGCACCUCCCGACGGCCCAGGAUGCUGCCGGCCAUCCUCCUCCUUCUCCUCCUUGGGGGCGCUCUGGCACAUCCAGACCGGAUCAUUUUCCCAAAUCCUGCUUGUGAGGACCCUCCAGCGGUGCUAUUGGAAGUGCAGGGUACCCUGCAGAGGCCCCUGGGCAGAGACAGCCGCAGCUCCCCUGCCAACUGCACCUGGCUCAUCCUGGGCAGCAAGGAGCAGACGGUAACAGUCAGGUUCCAGAAGCUGCACCUGGCCUGUGGCUCAGAGCGCUUAAUCCUGCACUCCCCUCUCCAGCCACUGAUCUCUCUAUGUGAGGCACCUGCCAGCCCUCUGCAGCUGCCUGGGGGCAAUGUCACCAUCACCUACAGCUAUGCUGGGGCCAGAGCACCCAUGGGCCAGGGCUUCCUGCUCUCCUACAGCCAAGAUUGGCUGAUGUGCCUGCAGAAUGAGUUCCAGUGCCUGAACCACCGCUGUGUACCUGCUACCCAGCGCUGUGAUGGGAUCGAUGCCUGUGGCGACGGUUCUGAUGAAGCAGGUUGCAGUUCAGACCCCUUCCCUGGCCUGACCCCAGGCCCCGUCCGUACCCUGCCCUGCAAUCACACCUUGGAGGACUUCUAUGGGGUCUUCUCCUCCCCCGGAUACUCACACCUGUUUUCAGUCUCCCACCCCCAGUCCUGCCACUGGCUGCUGGACCCCCACGAUGGCCGGCGGCUGGCAGUGCGCUUCACAGCCCUGGACUUGGGCUACGGCGAUGCAGUGCAUGUGUAUGAUGGCCCCGGGCCCCCUGAGGCCUCCCGGUUGCUGCGUAGUCUCACCCACUUCAGCAAUGGCAAGGCCGUCACUGUAGAGACGCUGUCUGGCCAGGCUGUUGUGGCUUACCGCACAGUUGCUUGGAGCAAUGGUCGGGGCUUCAACGCCACCUACCAUGUGCAGGGCUACUGCUUGCCUUGGGACCGACCUUGUGGCUUAGGCUCUGGCCUGGGUGCUGGUGAAGGCCUUGGUGAACGCUGCUACAGUGAGGCACAGCGCUGCGACGGCUCAUGGGACUGUGCUGAUGGCACAGAUGAGGAGAACUGCCCCAGCUGCCCACCCGGACACUUCCCCUGCGGGGCUGCUGGCACCCCCGGUGCCACAGCCUGCUACCUGCCUGCUGACCGCUGCAACUACCAGACCUUCUGUGCCGAUGGAGCCGACGAGAGACGCUGCCGGCACUGCCAGCCUGGCAACUUCCGAUGCCGGGAUGAGAAGUGUGUGUACGAGACGUGGGUGUGUGACGGGCAGCCAGACUGCGCGGACGGCAGCGAUGAAUGGGACUGCUCCUAUGCCCUGCCCCGCAAGGUCAUUACAGCUGCAGUCAUUGGCAGCCUGGUGUGCGGCCUGCUACUGGUCAUCGCCCUGGGCUGCACCUGCAAGCUCUAUGCCAUUCGCACCCAGGAGUACAGCAUCUUUGCCCCCCUCUCCCGGAUGGAGGCCGAGAUUGUGCACCAGCAGGCACCCCCCUCCUAUGGGCAGCUCAUUGCCCAGGGCGCCAUCCCACCUGUAGAAGACUUCCCUACGGAGAAUCCUAAUGAUAACUCAGUGCUGGGCAACCUGCGUUCUCUGCUGCAGAUCCUGCGCCAGGACAUGACUCCAGGAGGUGCCUCAGGUGCUCGACGCCGGCAGCGGGGCCGCCUGGUGCGUCGCCUGGUGCGCCGCCUCCGCCGCUGGGGCCUGCUUCCAAGAACCAACCCCUCGGCUCGGGCCUCUGAGACUAGAUCCCAGGCCACCCCUUCUGCUGCCCCCCUUGAGGCCCUGGAUGGCAGCACAGGCCCAGCCCGUGAGGGCGGGGCAGUGGGAGGGCAGGAUGGGGAGCAGGCACCUCCACUGCCUGUCAAAGCCCCCCUGCCAUCUGUCAGCACGUCUCCAGCCCUCCCUGCUGUCCCCGAGGCCCCAGGGCCACUGCCCUCACUCCCCCUUGAGCCAUCACUGUUGUCUGGAGUGGUACAGGCCCUGAGAGGCCGCCUCCUGCCCAGCCUGGGGCCCUCAGGACCAACCCGGACCCCACCUGGACCCCACACAGCAGUCCUGGCCCCAGAGGACGAGGACGAUGUGCUGCUGGUGCCAUUGGCUGAGCCAGGGGUGUGGGUGGUGGAGGCAGAGGAUGAGCCCUUGCUUGCCUGAGAGGACCUGGUUCCCCUGGGGGCUCUAGUCACAGCCCACUAGAGGGUGCCUCAGCUUCUCCACCACUUCCUUCCCUGUCCCUUGGUCUGAGGGGACUUGGUAGGCCUCCCAUUGACCCUGUGUAGCUGCUGUAAAGCUAGAUGUCCCUCAGGCAGGUAGAGGGCUUACACAGAGUCCCCUCUGUGCAUGACAGAGACCAUAGACCCUCCACUACCACCCUCUGCGCACACCACCACCAUUCAAGUGGUGGUUUUUAAAAAGUAAAGUUCGUAAAGGAUCACAGGCCUGGACACUCCAUCCUUGCCAAAUCCCCACCCAAAAGUGGCCUUAAGCACCAGAAUGCCCAUUGGCUAGAGACCCUCCAGCCCUCUGGGAGGAUUUGGGCAGGACCUGAGGUUCUGCCAACCUCCUAUAGGGCCUGGCUCACAAAAGAGCGAAACAAAUGCUUUUGUCCCAUAGCUAGGCCAUUGCCCAGGAAGUAGAGAUAAAAAAUAAAGGAAUCAUAAAUUUAAAAA